AUGUUUUUUCUGUUUUCUUCCCUACAUUUAGACACUGAAAAGCGUUUUAAAGCAGAACUGGAAAAACUAAGAACUGAAAUAGAUUGGAGAAGGGCUCGCAACAAUGCAGAUGACAUCAUUCUUGAUGCAGACACAGCCCACCCCAACAUCUCCAUUUCUGGGGAUAAGAAGAUUUUGAAACAUGAAGCCCAACCUCAGAAAGUUCGAGAAAAGCCAGAGAGGUUUGAUUCGACUGUCUGUGUGUUGGGCUCUGAAGGAUUCUCCUCUGGAAAGCACUACUGGGAGGUAGAUGUUGGGAGCAGCACUGACUGGGACCUGGGAGUGGCCAGAAAAUCCAUAAAGAGAAAAGGAAAACUUUCCCUGUCUGCUAAAGAGGGAUUCUGGGCUCUGGGUGUGAGUGGGAAAGAUUAUUGGGCAAAAACAGACCCAUGGACCCGGGUCCUGGUGCAGAAAAAGCUCAAGAAAAUUGGAGUUUACCUUAAUUACCAAGAUGGGCAAGUGACUUUUUUCAAUGUAACUGACAUGUCUGUGUUGUUCACAUUUAAUGAUUGUUCAUUCUCAAGUGCUGUUUAUCCAUUCUUUAAAAAUUCCCACAAAGAAACAAUAAUGAGAAUUUGUUCUAUAAAAGAAGACUGAUCAUUUUAAAAUGUUGUGAGAACUACAGAGUAAGUCCAUGAACCACUAGGUAACCACCACUAGGAAAUCUCAUUGAUAACUUUAUUCUUUGUCCCCCAGGACCUUGAUGUCUGGGAAGGAAAUAUUUGAACCACUCCAUUGUCCAGUUGUACAUAAUCUAUUAUCAAAACUAAGUAAUGGAGAAAAGGGAAGACAAAAUAAUAAUAAAAAAUAUAAAUCAAACAAAAAUAAAAUAAGUAAAUGUAAAUAUAAAAUUGUCGUAUCAUUUCAAUUAUCAGCGUAACUAAAUAAAAACAAUAUCAAGUAACUCCUCUAUAUACUCUAACAAGCUGAGGUGAUGGCAGUCCAUUUACCUAUCAGCCAAAGCUACUUGAACUUUGUCUCAGUUAGGUCUAAUCUUGUACUCCAGGCUGGUACAAAGGGGAGAAAAACAAACCAAAAGCUAAAGCUGAUGUAUGAGACACAGUUUAAAUGCCAACAAUGAGCUGCCUCCAAGAUUUCAGUGGUUAAAUGAUAGUAAUACUAAUAUGGUCACAUGGAAUCUUCCUAAUAAUUCAGGAUAAGGGAAAUAUUUAUAUUUAACAA